UUUCGAGCCAACCAGACGUGGUUCAACCGUUGCGGGACUCGGAUGUGUGCACUAAAACCGGAGGAUUAGCUGCUGCUGCUCUGCUUGGUGGUGGUUCCAAAGUAAGGACCAACCGUAACUGUAUAAGUGGGAAGUUGUGUAGCCCAAGUCAGUACAAGUUACACGGUGCGGUUUGGCCAAGUGUUACCGCCUGAGGGUGUCCGGGUUGGGCAAGGAUAACUUCUCCGUGCUGUCAGUUGGUGGAAUCUGGUGUGAAAGCAUUUGCAUACAAUUCAAGUGGAAGUUGACCAGCUGGAAAAGCCGAAGCGGGAAAAACAAGAUGAAGCACGAAAGGAGUAGAAGGAGGUCGUCAGAAUAAACUAUAAAGCGGUUCCGAUCCUGGUGCCUGCAGAUGACACAUGAUGCUGUACAAUAGUAGUUUAAGGAGGGCCGUUCCGCCGUUGGGGGUGGUGGCCAACAUAAUGCAUGUUACGUUACAUGUGUAUGUGCUAUGGUGAAGAAUGGAAACAAUUGCCAGUCUGUGUGAAGAGAGCUGAGCUGGGAGUUUGUUUUUCCAUGAUUUAUUAUCCCAGCAGCAGAGCCGGCAGACUGUGAGUGUCGUCAAAACGAACAACGUGCCAGCCACGGAUAGUGAUAGUGACUCGGAUGUGAAUACUAUUUUGCAUGGUACCCCUGAAUUACGCUUGCCAAGAUCAAACCCCUGAAAUAAUUACGGUUCCGCUGAACCACAAUCGUGUGCCAAUGAGUGGAAGCAUAAUACAAACUCCGUCUGAAACAAGAAGAAAGCAAGACAAAUUUGAAUUCAUUUGAGGUGAAACAUUGCCACCGCUGCAAUUAAUUAUGUACAGCCCGGUUUGUAAAGUUGUUCGUGACGAGAAGAGGAAAAUUCCGGCUAAAUUGAAGUAAAAAGGAAAACCGUGUUCGAGGUGCUUUAACUUGGCUGGUGGCCACUGCUGCAGGAGCAAAGAUUGAAUUCUUCACCUCGGUCCUGCCAGUGGACUGUACGCCAUCGGUCGCAUCAUCAUAAACCACAGCACGGUGUGAAAGUUUGCGAAAUCGACAAAACAAUUUUCCACCUUGGAGUUUUUCCGGAUAAACACAAGAAGGAAAAGUGCGUCGGAAAGGUGCUUUUAUGCUAAUGAAGCGCGACCAGAUACUGUUGUGCAUUAUUGGGUGGAAGUGAAAAGUAGCCAAAAGUCGGCCCUGAGGCAGAGGGGCGGGGCAGGACCGUGGCCACGAGGCUAAAAGUGCCACCGAGAAUUACGAGCAGAAUAAUAAUUUUGUUUUUCUUUCGUCUAAACGGGAGGAAAAAACGAGCAGAAGGAAAACCAAAAAAGCUUUCGACUCAUCUUUGCCGUGUUCGACGUCGACGUCUACGACAUUUUUGUUUUCCAGACGAACAGGUCACACGGCUUCCUAUCGUGUAUGCGUAAGCAGCUUACGGGCGCAAAGUUUGGGGGAGUAAAACGUGUCGGAAAAAAUAAGUCGAACCGGGGCAAAAUUUCGCCCGCUGGAGUGAGUAAAAUACACAUAAGUGGGAACGCGCAAGUGUGGUGUGGGUGGGGUAAGUGUCACUGUGUUGGAAGCAGAUGUGGUUUGAGGAGUUUUCCCGUCCUGCCAAUAUAGAACCAGUCCCGGUUUUUGGGGAAGACUAAAGUGAAAAUUGAUAAAUACACCGGAGAACCCCUGCUGAAAUACUGCUGCCGAGGAGAGGAGCUUUUAGUGGCAAAAUCAAGCUUCUUAAGAACUUUAUCUAUUUUCUUAUACUGCCGAGCAGAAUUAUUUCUGUUGAUAUGUUUCCAUCGUUUGAUGUGGCAACAAUUGGAAAUGCGCUGCAGAAAUCAUCUUCGGUCCGGCAACUGAUCCCUGGGAGAUUCUUCAGCACCAACACUUUUGCCCUACCGCCCCGGGUUUUGCCAUCAAGAAUCAAUCCAAGGACCGGAAAUCAUUAAUCAUUCGCGCGCACGCUGAAAAGCAACAGAGAAUCCGACGGAUUAUCGGCGUUCAGACCUUGUUAGAGAACAAUACCAGGCAAGCCUCCUCCACCGUGUUAUCCGAGAUGCGAUGAGUUGAGCUUUGGGCUUUGCACUGGAAGAGAGAGUGGGUGAGGUGAAAUGAGCGGCUUACCGGUGAAGCUUAACAGCAGAAAUAUCUUCGCCGAGAGCAGUAUGAUGAUGGUGCAAAUUGUAGAGUUAGCGAUUAAUUGCCGGAACGAGAACGUUUACCGGUAAAGGUGUAGCUGACGUUUGACUGUGGGAUUCUCCUUCCGGUUCUGCCUUUGGGGCCGGGGAGAACAAGGGUGGGAAAACAUGUUAUGCCACUACCAACUGCUCGUCUGCUACCUGUCCUGCCUCGUGGCCGACUGCUGGAGUUCCACCUCGGAGUACCUAAUCAUUCGUCAUGGCCGGUCCCGGGUGCGGCACUCGAGUGAAAAGGAUCACAUCCGGUGGGGCCUGCAGGUGUUUGAUAACUUCACCCUGCUCGACUACGACACCGUUGAUGACUCGAACGAAACGAUGAGUGGUUCCGGCGCCGGUGGGAACCACAAGAGUCCCAGUCCCAGGACGAAUGGUAGACCCGGAGGUGGGGGACAGUUCUUGGAUAAUGGUAAUAACUCCGAUACGCUCACGAUUCAGUUCAGUGAGUCGGAAGAAUUGGAUCGAAUGAUUGAUAUCAGUGAUUUCGAUAGCAUCUCCACCAGUCGAAGGCAGUCGAAAAACAAUCGCACCCUCAAUUUUCCAUUUGGUGUGGACUCGGCUCAAUCAUCGACACGAUUCGCACCCGUUGCCACUCCGAUGCCACCGGUGCUGCCUCCGACGAAGCCGGCCGUCCAACUGAGCAAGAAAUUGAUCAAAAAGGAGAUAAUGGAAAAUAUAAGAAAAACAGUCGACAAAGGCCUCCAAUAUCUGAAAUCACACAAGAAUCUCGAUGAGGUGAAGAUAGAAUUAAAGCCGUUCCGGGAACGACCACGGCACGUGCCAGGUGGGGGCAGGUCAAUCGAUGCGGAAACGACAACGCAUGAAAAAGUUAUUCCCAGUCACGACCUUUUCGAUGAAAGAAGGAAAAACGAGCCAAAGCACGUGGUGGUGGCUGGGUUUGAUGGCAAUCGAAAAGAACACAUACAAGUGUCGUCACCUUUCUCACCCACCUCAACGGAGACACCCACCGGACCGGAUCUGGACGACGAAGGUGGGUUCCAGUCCGUUGCCUACCUCGAGGAGAAGUAUUGGAAAAGUGUCAAAAUAAAUGAUGACCCUAGUUUUCCCGCCAAACUGUUUCCGGCAUCAACUCAAGACGAUAAAGACAACCCUAAUGACUUCCCGCCAGCGCGCCACGCCAGCAGCGAUUCCGUUCAACUGGAUACCCUUAAUGAAGCCAGUCCGGAACAGCAGAUAGACAAAAAAAUCGUACUCUCGAUGGAAGCAAUUAAAAGUGAAACUGGCAGUGAAAACAAUGCGCAGCAGCAAAAAUUUAAUUACGACCAGCAAAAACAAACGUUGCAUCCCCUGCUGACCCUCCAGAACGAUGGUCCAGUGGACGAAGUUGGAGUGCCCGAUGGGGACGAAGUGAUAAAUAUCCUCAACGACACACCGGCAAUGAAUUUCGACCCAAACGGGGCCCCGGCCACGAUGAUAUUCAGCAGUGAUCCGGACUCUUCCGACCCGGACAGUCCACCGGUUUGGGUGGCCGACGCUGGUAAUCCCGUCGAUGACAGCGGCAGCUACGGAACGGGAGGGUCCGCCGCGGUAGUUGUGGAAACCGGUGACAUUUUCCACAUGGAUGACCUGGACCUGAACGAGAUGGACGAAACGAGCCGGAACAAUCGACGCAAUCUGAUGCGGGGCCGGGACGUGGUGACGCAGUUUCUGUGGAUCGUCGAGAGCCAGCAUCUGCUCGGUUCGAACUGCACGGCCGGCACAGCGCUCAACCUGGGUGAGGGGGUCGUUGACCAGUACGCACAGGAUCGGUUCCGCGUGGAGGCGGAAAUCGCGGUCAACCGAGCCAACAUGUUGACACGCAUCUUCAAGUUUGCCUCACCCGACGUCCAGGCGUCGGAGCAUCUACUCCACGCGUCCGUCCUGUCGAUGGUGGAGUUUGACGAUGACAUUUUCGCCGCCGGAAAUUGCUUCGACUGGAACCAGCAUCCGGCGAAGAACGGGUUGUUCUGUCCGUUCGCGUACCGGUUGCCCCCGCCCGACCAGGGAGCGUCCCUCGCCAAAGACCUGGCCGCCGAGUAUCACUACCUCGGCAACACGUCGGAGUGGUUCUUUUUGGCGCGCAAAAACGCCGAGAAGGUUAUUGCGAGAAACGAGCAGUACAUUAAAUCAUUCCACAUCUACUCGAACAACACGGCCCGCCAGGCGGACGAGAUCCUGUCGGUAAAGUACGAGGACGGCCGGUGGUCAAAGCCGUACUACGACUGCGGCGGGGGCAACAUCUGGAUGCUGACGUACACGGUGCCCUUUUUUGGCUACGAAAACGGGACGUACUUUUUCAAGGGCACAUCCGGUAUCGAUAUUGAUUUACGGCGCGUGGACAUUGAUCAAUGUCCGCAGAGGAGCUCCCCAUCGGGUGCCCCACAACCCCUGAACAUUUUUGCCGGAACGGACAAAUGCAAGCAGCGCACGACCGAGUGUAUUGCGAUUCCUGGAUUGGGCUUCCGACGGGGCUCGUACCGGUGCGUUUGUCGGAAGGGGUUCUACUUCCCGGAUACCACCAUCGAGCAAAAGUGGUUCAACGGAACCACACUCGAGGAGGAGUAUGAAAAAUUAAUGCUGAGUGAAUUCAGCACCUACAACGAUCUAUCGUCCUACGAGUGUUUGCCCUGUGCCGAGGGGUGCGAUUCCUGCCUCGAUGCCUCGCCGUGUGUGGCCGCCCUCAACUGGACCAUGCGAACUGGAAUCCUGGUGCUGGCGUGCACCGUCAUCGGGUUGCUCCCGCCUGCUGCGGUUUUCACCUUCCGCUAUCAACAGGUUAAGGUUGUUCGGGCAGCAAGUCCAGCUCUUCUACGCGUGAUUGCACUGGGAGCAUUUUGUAUAUAUUGUACGUCUAUCGUGAUGUAUCCACCCCCGUCGCUGUACACGUGCACGGCAAGAGUUUGGCUGCGGGAGAUCGGAUUCUCCCUCACGUACGGAGCGCUGAUGCUGAAAACGUGGAGGAUAUCAGUCAUCUUUCGCGUGCGCUCGGCAAAAGCGGUCAAAAUCACGGACGCUUAUCUCCUGAAGCGGCUGGGGCUGCUCUGCGGCUUCGUCGGGAUUGCACUUCUGGUGCGGACGCUGGUGGCCCCGCCGGUCGUAAUCGUUGGCCGCACCGCCGACAACCUCAAAGCGUUCCUGUGCAAAACCGACUGGUGGGAUCACACGUUCACGUCGAUGGAAGUUCUGUUUCUGGCGUGGGGCGUUCGGUUGUGCAUCAUGGUGCGGAAGGCGCCGUCCGAGUUCAACGAAAGUCGAUUUAUUUCGAUGGCAAUCUACAACGAAUUCCUACUCACGUGCUUUCUCAAUGUGUCGAUGUUGUUCCUGCAGUCACCAGCUAAUCCAGAUUUACUGUACAUCAUAUUUUUCUGCCACACACAACUAACUGUGACACUGCUGUUGGGAUUAAUAUUUGGUAGCAAGGUUUACCUCGUUUUCCGAGGUGGUGGCAAGCACCAGGACGAUUCGACAGGACUCGGCAUCAAACCAUCUGGCGCAAAAUUCAUUAGCCGCACCCACAACCGAGGGUUUGCGAACGCGAGCAGCGUCACCACGUCCACGGCACAACUUGGCGGAAAUAUCGUGAACGAAGGUCGCUUGACGGAAGAGGAAGCCACGGAAGAGAUCAAGCAGCUGUACAACCAGCUUCAGCGGCUUUACGAUCGGAUACCGCAGCGGGGGACGGCCAUAGCGACGCUGGCUGCCCUGAUGGAGACCUGCAAGAAUGUCUCGCUCAAGCCUCCCCCGACGGUAGUGCCCAAGGCGAUAAUGCCCGCUCCGCAGGAGAAUGGCCUUAUCCGGGUGGACAAGAGCACCAACACUAACAGUAUCCCGAACGGGAAAUUCGGGAGCAACACCCGAAUCACCAUCACCGAUGACUCUGACCACCACCUCAACAACAACCAUCGUUCGAUAGACAAUAGUAGCAACUUUAAUCUGGACAGUCUCCAGCUGAAGUGCAUGUGCAGUGAGGAGGAAGUUCUGGACGGGGAGCCAAAAUGUGAGUGCCACAAGGGAGGUGCGGCCGAGGUGCCCUCCUGUACCAAUACCGUUAGAAGUAGUUGUAAGUCUAGUGUUUGCUGUGAUAGUGGACGGCGAGAGCUACAGCAGGAGGAGCCGGGCGGGGAGCGGUCCAAAUCGUUACUGGUGAAGCGAAACUCGGAACUGAUGUUGAACAGUAGCAGUAGUAGUAGUUGUUGUCGGGACGGAUCCGGUCGGAACGGUUCCGCCCGCCAACCGGUCAGCGGAGGAGCAUCCUGUAGCAGUAAGUUUAGCGAAUUGUGUCCGAAAAACUUUGAAUCAUGUGAUAACCUGUUGCAUCAACAGCAAAAACAAAGACAGAAACAAACUUCCUGUGGUGAUAGCAUAGAUAAUCAUUCCAAUCGGCGCCCGCUUCCGGGAGAAAGCGGUCUGGUGACGACGGCCUCCUCCCUCAGUGUGGACGAGAACAACUUCCGGAACGUCAAUCUGGAAAACUUUAACAAGCUGUACGCCAGCCACAACAACAAGAUAGAUAGUCUGAAAGAAAAUUUCCUAAUGCGAACGGCGCUGACGACCGCGCUCCACAAUCUGGAAAACGAAAAUCGCUCGCGGGGCCAUCGGAACACCCACGGUGAACCGUCCGCCGCCGCUUCUUCCUGCCAGUGCACCGUUCCGAACCCGUCGUGCAGUACCUGUGGACGGCCGUCCUCGUCGUCAGCGGCCACGGUACAGUCUGCCGGAAACAGUGCCAGCGAAAGUAUCAGCAGCGCGGACGCGUCCUCGUCGGCAACGGCCACCGAAGCCAACGGCGGGUCCACGGGACGCGACCCGGCCAAAAAGAAAAAGUCGCCCGAGAAAAGGUUAGUUAUCGAUCUGAACGACCGGUCAAAGUACACCGAAGAAGUGUCCGUUUGAGAUUACUAGAACCAGUAGAUUGCGGAUAUAUUUACAGCACUAUUUUUAAGUCACUCGAAUCGACAAAAAAGGACAACCUAUAGUAUUAUUAAUGAUGAUAAAAAAGCUAAACUAAUUGGAAACACAUCUAUUCUAUAAACUUUUUGAUAUUGACAGAUGAUCUUAAAGGUUUAUACACAGUUAAACUAUUGCAAAGAUGAUUUAUAUAACAAUCAGAACAAUCAAAAUGCUUUAAUUCUGUUUUUGUUCAUUUUUAAGUUUUACUUAUCCUAUUUUUUACAUAAAUGCAACUAGCGAACAGUCACGGUGCCUGAAAUAAAGUUCAAGGCAUGGACGGGGUAUUUGAAUGGUAACACUGAGUGGCUGCCAUGAUCGAAUUUUCGGAGCAACCGUCAGUAAACGUACAAUAAGUUGAAACGAAUGAAGCCAAGCUCAGCACUCAAGCAGCAGCCCGCCACGAAGGAUCGUGUUUUCGUUUUUCUGUCAUUUUCAUUCUAUCAUUCCGUUUUCUUACUUGUUUGAUACCGUGUAGAGAGUCCUAGACCUUUAAAAAACGGUUCAAAUCCAAGCGAAACUUGUUCGGGGAAACCGUGGAGAUUUCCCCUUAUCCCCUCAAAAAAGGAGAACAUCAA